AUGGAUGUUGAAGGAAAUGUUGAGGAUUUCUUACAAAGAGUUAAACAAUUGGAUAAUCAACGACAAAGAGAAGAUGAAGAACGUAGAAAAAAAUUAAAAGAUGAUAUUCAAACUUAUAAAAUGAGAGAUUCUUUCAAUAUUCAAAUACCAAAUCCUAUUGCUAGAAAAGAUGAACAGAAUGGAUCACCACCACCAUUACCUAAAAGAAAACCAAACUUAUCAUCAAUUCCAAAUUCUGAAUCAUUACAAAAUUUUAAUAAAAGUGUUUCUAAACAAUAUAGACUUGAUAUGGAUGAAUUGAUAUAUGAAUCUGCUUAUAACUAUGAAAAAGCUCAAAAGUCACCUUCAAAAGAAAAACCAACAAUCCCAUUACAUACUGAAAAUUUAACAAGAUCAUUAACUGAACGUUCAAGGAAAAAUUUGGAUAUUAAUGAAUUACCCAAAAGAAGUAGCACAAUAUUUAAUCCAUCAUCAAAUGACUCACAAUUUAGAGCAACAACUGGUGGCCUAACAAAAGGUUUGGAAUAUGAAGCAUAUGAUCGUUUGAAUGAAGUGGAUCAUAAUGAUGAUUCAAAAUUUAGAUCAUCAACUGGCUCUUUAAAUCGUGAAAAAACUUAUAAAAAAUUUGAUAAAGAACUUGAAAUUAAAAGAUUUGAUGAUUAUAUACCAAAUUCAACACAAAGCUUUAAAUCUUCAAGAUAUUCAAAGUUCCAAUUAUCUGAUGAAGAAAAAAAACAAAUGGAUGAAACUAUAAAUAACCUUAUUGGUGAUGGAUUCCAAAUAAGUAAAAAUACAAAUCAAAUUGAAUUACAAGAACAAGAAGAUGAUCAAAAAAUACCCAAACCAUUAACAAGAGAAAGAAAAGGUGGAAUAUUACCAUCAUCUAAACUUCAAAAUUCGAAUCCUUCAUUAUCAUCUCCAUUCCAAUCACCAAAACCUCAAAUAAAUUCAUGGACAAAUGCAGCAAAAGAAAAACCAAAACCUUCAUUAAACGCACAGUCAUCAUCUUCACUAUCACAAUUGAAAAGAUCACCAAGGAAAACAGAAUUAAGCUCACCAACAAAAAUUGAUUAUGAAUCAUCAAUAACUUCUUCACCAAUUAAAAAAUCUCCUGCAAAAUUAGAUUUUUCAAAAUUCACUAAAGAUAAUGAAAAUCAAGAUAGAUUAACACCACCACCAAUUGCACCAAAACCAUUAGGUUUUACAAAAUUGGGUAAUGAUACUGGAAAGAGAACUUCUUGGUUGAAUUCUGCUGCUGGUAAGACUUCAUCAACUCCACAAUGGCAAGAUACAAGUGUUAAUUAUCAAAUUAAUAAGAAGAAUGGAAAUGAUAAACCUUCUUGGUUGAAUUCUGCUGCUGGUAAGACUUCAUCAACUUCACAAUGGCAAGAUACAAGUGUUAACUAUCAAAUCAAACCACAAACUGAUAAAAAGGCAUCAUGGUUAAAUUCUGCAACAAGGAACACUUCAUCAACUCCACAAGGUCAAGAUACAACGUCCAAGAUUCAUAUUGAAACUUCUGAAGAUAGGAAACAAAGUUGGUUAAAUUCUGCAAUGAGAAAUACAUCUCAUAGAGAAUUUGAAAUUCCUCAACCUAAAAUUAAACCAAUAAUACCAUCAAAAUCAAAUACAUUACAAGAAAAAUUGAAAAAAGAACAAGAGUUCAAAGAGCAACAACAUUUAACUUUAAAAGAAUUAGAAAAUAGAAAAUUAAAUCAUAUUGAUAAUCAACCAAGAUCAUUACCAAAAUUUGAACCUGAAGAUACAGGAUUUUCACCAACAAUUUUGAAAAAAACAAGAACAGGUUCCCCAUCCAAAAAUUUAACUAUUCCAGAUGAUCCAGAUUUCUUGAAACAAAAAUUAUCACCAGCUUCUAAAUCACCAUCCCCUGCACCAUCUGAAACUUUGGAAUCACCAGAAGCUAUAAAUCAUAAAUCCAAAUUAAAACCUGCAUUACCAGCUCGUAAAUUAUCAUUGAAAAUACCCGAAGCUUUACAAAAAGUUGAAAAAUUAAAACCUGCAUUACCAGCUCGUAAACCAUCAAUUGAAAUUCCAGAAGCUUUAACUAAAAAGGGAAAUUUACGUCAAGCUAAUAAAUUAGAACAAUUGGAAGAACCAACACCUGAAGCUGUUAAUAAAAAAUCUCAAUUAAAACCAGCUGUACCACAAAGAAAAAUUUCACAAAAGGAAGUUGAAGCUUUAGCACAAUUUAAUGAAUUAAAAUCUAGGAAAAAUGGGAUCCAAUCACCUGAGAUAAAACCAAAACCAAGAGUUUUCAGUAAUUCUAAAGAUAUUUUAAAUAAUCAAUUAGGUUCUUUAAAAUCAACAAAGGAAAAAUCUCAAGAGAAUUCACAAGUUUCUUUAACAAAAGAAGAAAAAUCUAAAAAUUUAGAAAAUGUAUUAAGAUUGAAAAAAGCUUCUACUGAUUCAGAAUUAAAUCCUGUUAGAUUACCAUUCAUGGCUACAACUGAUAAUUUACCAAAUUUGAAAAAAGCUUCAACUUUUGAUUCUUCAAGUACAGGGAAACUUCAGGAUGAAGGCAGUACUGAAAAUUUAGAACAUUUGACUAAAAAAAGAACUAAAGGUCCUAAAAGAAGAACUAAAGCACCUAAAAAUGUAUAG